AUGGCGGGGUGGGGGGGCAGGUGCGUGUCAGGGGCUGAUGAGGAGAGCUCGGCUUCGGCGGGUCCUGCCCUGACCCGAGCCGGGGGGCGGAUCACCUUCCCUGUCUGUCUGGGCAGCUGUCAGGGUUUGGUGAGCAAGUGUCUCCACACGACUGUGAGGUGUCUGAAGAAAACUGGAACUGAGCACCGGUGGUUGCAGCGGCACCUGAAGGAUCCCUUUGUCAAGGCAGGAAAGCAGCAGCACUACCGUUGCCGGAGUGCCUUCAAGUUGCUGGAGAUUGAUGACAAGUUUCAUAUUCUUCGUCCAGGAUUUUCUGUUCUUGACUGUGGAGCUGCACCAGGUGCUUGGAGCCAGGUUGCUGUAGAGAGGGUCAACGCCUUGGGUACUGAUCCUGCUGUCCCCACUGGCUUCAUCCUUGGCGUCGACCUCCUGCGGAUUUCUCCUCUGGACGGAGCCGUCUUCCUGUCAAAGGCUGACAUUGCAGACCCAGCCACACUGAGGACAAUUCAGAGCCUGCUUCCUGCAGAGAAGGUGGACGUUAUCUUGAGUGACAUGGCACCUAAUGCCACAGGCAUUAAAGAUCUGGAUCAUCAGAAGGUGAUCAGUCUAUGUUUAGGCCUCCUGAAUCUGUCCCAAAGUAUUUUAAAGCCAAAAGGAACAAUGCUCUGCAAAUUCUGGGAUGGACAUGAGUCCCGUCUGCUGGAAAACCGGCUGAAGGAGCACUUCCAAGAUGUGAGAACUAUAAAGCCUCAGGCCAGCCGCAAGGACUCUGCUGAAUCCUAUUAUUUGGCAAGACUGUACAAGGGAAGGUGAAAGCUGAGAAUUGCAGGUUAUCAAACAGGUGGUCAGGCAUUGAUUGGAAAGCUGAACUUGGCAUGUGUUUAAAGAAAAAUACCAGGAAUAAGACCCCUGACUUGAACUGUUCCCUUGGUGAGAAGAACCUAGGAAAAUCUGCCACAUCU